AUGGCCGCAAAGGAAGAUGAAUCAGAGAACAUUCAAUCAAAUUCAGAUUCAGUAAUCAGUUCCUCUUUACCAAUCUCAACUAAUCAAACUAUUCAAAAUCAAGAUCAAAUCGAGAAUACCAUCAAUCUUACUGCUUCAUCUCAACCUAUCACUUCCAAUCAACCUGAUCAAGAUAAUCAACCUAUUACAUCCAAUCAACCUGAUCAUUCAAUCAAUCUUAAAUCUGAUAAUCCGAUAGCUACUACUUCUCAGAUAUCUUCUUCUAGUCUUUUACCCAGUACCAAGAAAUUCAAGGCUUCGUCUCUGAGCGUUAACAAGAAAUUCUUGAGUACAACUUCCGAUUCGAAAUCUACUAAGAAUUCCUUGAUUUCUAGUCCACGACUCUCAACUCUCUCUCCAUCCAACAAUUCAAGCCCUCUUGGUACUGGUCCACGACUUUUGACUGGAAAGAUUACUGCAAAUUCUACAAUCCUCAAUCCCUCAGGUUCAGCCACUACAGGAUGGGCCCGCACACCGCUUGUUGUCCCUCCUCUUGCUCUAGGUGGAAAGUCACCUGAACCGAAUCUUUCUAGUAUUCCAGUUGGAAAAUCACCAAGUUCAACACCACUCGUCAAGGAUGAUUCCGCAAGCACUGUGGGCUCAAGACCUGGAUUCAACGGUUUCAUUCAAAACUCCAACCAACAACCUUCCGUAACAACUCCCAAGGUAUCCCAUUCAAUGUCAUCAGCAUCGCCCUGGGGUAAAUUUGAGAAUCCGACACCAAACGGUAUAGAUAAUCUCGCCAAUGAUUUUCCAACAGCCCAGGAGGUAGCCAAUCAGCACAAGCUCAAAGCUCAGUCUGUAGCAGCUGCCAAUGCUGCACGAGAUAAAGCAUCACUGGAUCGUGCAGCAGCAUCAGCAGCAUAUAAUCAACAACUUCUUCAGACUUUGGAUGGCUUUCGUGGUACACAUCUCGAUCCGAACGCGAGUCAUUGGGAUGAGAUGGAGGAUGAGGAUGAUAUGUUUGGUGAAGUUGUCGAAUUUGGAGAUGGGACUCAAUACAAAGUGACGGAAGUUGCGGCCGCAGCAAGUGACAUCAAUAAACAAUCGUCAACCGAUACCAAACCUACGCCCAAUCCUUCACAAUCUCUCAAAAAGGAGGAUCGCUUUACUGAAGAUUACGAUCGUUCAAGUCAACUCAUGGAAGGGACUGAACAUCUACCUCCCUUCCUUCGUGGUCGAGCUGAACUCAAGAGCCUCUUUAACGAUAGGUUAGGCAAGUUUGAACCUUAUUCGGCUAAAACACUGGACAAAGUCAAGGAUCCUACUUCACAAGUUCAAGUCUUACAACGACAACGCGAUUUGUCUGGUGAUCCAUCUCCUGCCAAUACCUCUUAUUCCCAACAAGGCAGUCACACAUCAAACCACGCUCCAUCCACACGGCCAUCAUCUGAUCUGGUACGAGACCGUGCACUCUCUCCACCUGACAAAUCACGAGACACCCCAACCCGUACCAUGCUUUCACAAGCUCUCGUCCCACCCAACCCCUCGACAUCUGUUCGUGCCGAAUCAUCCGCCCUUCCCUCAACUACACGCAAGUCUUCAGAUUCAGAGACACGGGCGAAAUUUUCAAAUCCCCCAUGCCCUGAUUUAGAUGAGAUACAUCGGACCGAAAUGAUGUCAGCCGCAGAACGAGCUCGCAAACGUCGUCAAGAAGAGGAAGCUACUCGCGAAGCAGAAAGUCAACGAGCCAAGCAGAAAGCCAUGGAGAUCGAGAACAAAUUGAAAGCGGCUGCGGCUGCGGCUGCAGCAUCUACCAUAGCAUCAUCUCAGGCGCACAGUACAUCGGCCUCUGGCUCCUUUAAACGAGACCAUUCCAAUGAAGGGACUAGUCGUACUCCUGGUAGAUUGGCCCCAGUGGAUCGUAAGGAUGUUGACUCAUGGCGUGCGAGGCCUGUUGAGAGGACUCUGCUCCCGCCAAGACGUUCGGCGACAGCCGUUACGAACGAACCUCCUUCAAAUAAUUCAAUUGGCCGGCCGAUCUUGAGCCGUCCUCCUCCACCACCUGAAGACAUUACCUCGCAACCCUCAAGGCCCAGCGAGCGCUACAGCGCCAAGACAGAGUCAACAUCAAGUGCAUCUGUCCCACCAAACCGGCCUUCAUCAUCCUUACCACCUCAGGAAGAAGCUUUCAAAAAUCGGGACGACAAGUCAUCUCGUGUCUCAUCAUGGGAGUCGCAGAUCAACCUGGCUUUAUCUUCUCAACGGCCAUCCCGCCUUGCCGCAAAGCCUUCUUCCUUACUUUCUUCAUCUAAUCCUACAUCCGCCCCUGGCCAAACCGAUACGACUAAAAGAUCUACCGAUGGCACACCUACAAGUUGGAGACAGCCUCACUCAACUAUUGACAAGGUAAUCAGCUCCUCAGAUCCACGGCAGCGGCCUCCGCACAUGCGACAAGGCUCCAAUCCAUCCACUCAAGUCAAUCAAGGUGAGGAUGAUGCAAAAGUCAACAGAUUGAUACCUCCUAUACCGGUUUCCAGUAUAGAGCUGUCAUCCGAAAUGCCACCCAAGCCUUCUACGUCAUCUCAAUCACCGAGCUUGCGAGAUUCCAGACCGCCAAUUUCUGCGCCUGGACCAUCACGUGCAAACUUACAGGACAAAAAACCCAAGCUACCUGAAAUGUCACAUCUCGAUACUGUCAUGUCUCGAAUCAAGGGCGUCCUGGAAGCCGAUAAAGAAGCUAGAGCGAAAGCAAAAGCUCAGGCAGCAGCCACCCUUCCUGUUGUAGAACCAUCAACAACACGAGUCAUGCAGAAAUCAACUCCGACAGCUACUUCCGUGACCAGAACGGAAGUUAAGCCUAGUCUUGCGUCAAGGGCCGAUACCUGUACCAAGCCCUCGAUUUCUAGUGCAACAGAUAUACCAAGUCCUGACGAUUCUGGGUCUAAUUCGCAGAGUGUUGAUCGCCAACUUUCCAAGCCUCUCACAUCAGCAUUCAAGCCAUCUGUUACUAGCCUUCCAUCUGCAUCAGCUGUCAUUAACAAAUCUUCCGAGCCGACAGCGCAGAACCCGAUCUCUACCCCAUCGGUUCCUCAUCUUCCAUCAGCUCUCUCUAACCCCGCUGAGAAGAGAUCCACGUCGAUUCGCAAGGCUGCAAGGUUUGAUUUGUCACCUCAAGAGCAGCAUGUGCGCCCCGAUUCAAGGCCAAAUCAUCUCAGUUCAGCUUCACUGGUUCGGCCUGUUCUAAAACGUCCGCCGACGUUUGUGGAUCGAGAUCCGACCCCCCACUGGGACGUCACAAAAGUAGAGCGAGCGAUGUCGCCCGAACCCGCUUGGAAAGCAUAUACUGUAAAGUUAGCACGGCCUGUAAGGCAAAAACGAAAACAAUCACCACACCUAUUGAAGGCUUUCUGGAAUCCACUUACGCCUGCAAGAGUGAAUAUUCUCACUUGGGAUCCUCCUUUGCCAAAUAUCUCUCCUCGAACCCUAUCAAGAGAUGAAUUGUUGUUUAGAAAGAAGUUUAUUAGAGGUGUAGUCAUGUCAAAUGUAGUUUUGCCCAAAUCAUCAAUUCAAUCCCAAACUGAUGUCGAACAUGAACAACAACGUGAGGGUGGUCCUUUAUUCAUGCGAGGUCGAGGGCGGGCUUCAGGUACCCUACAACCUGUCCUGCGCGGCAGAGGCCGUGGUCGAGCUGAUGUAACAAUGUCGUGGCGAAGGCCAGUAGAAGAAAGUGCCCCUGUUGCAAAGCCGGAACCUGAAGUCAAAGCUGCAAUGCCUCCUUCGCCAGCGACGCCACCUCUUUCCCCGGCUGACAAGAGCCCCGAACCGGUUACCCCAACAAUUGUCAGCUCAGCUCGGAAACAAAAAUCAAAACUCCCAGAAGGCUCCAAAGUCGCAUUCAAUCGACCGUCUAAUAUCACAAGCUCUGCUGCCACCACAGCGUCUGGUAUCUUCAUGGUGAACAGUGAAAUCAUUGGGGAAGGUGCAGUACAACCUUCAGGCUUGACUAUGUCGGAACCAGAGCCCAAGCCAUCAACUCCAUGUAGCACACCUGACGACUCUGCUUCGAUUCCAUUGACACCUCGUAAUCGCUCGUCCCCACUCCCAGUCUCCCUUACGCCUCCUUCGUCGAAUAUGCAUUCCAUCACAGGGUCAAAGGGAUCGCCGUCCCCUUGGACUAAAUCCCCACUAGCCUUCUCAGUUUUGGAUUCACAUACCAAGAACGUAUGGUCACAGCCUGAUGGUCGUAUUACUACGAAGACCCCUCCAUCAGGUAAGAUUGAAAAUUCACUCGAAGGCAUUCCGGAUGACUUUGUGGCCGCAUUACCUCGGACUUUGAACGAUUUCAACGCUGAGGAUGAGUCGGUACGAAGUAGCGUGAAAGAUGAAUCAACAACGUUUUGUACAAGUCCAUAUAUCUCAUCCCUACCUCCAAAGAAGAUCUCCUCGCCUACAGUAAGUGAGCGACCUACGACCCAACCCGGUUCCAAUCAUAAUCUUCAGCUUCAGCCUAGUCCAAAUGGUCUUGACGAUCGAUCUACGUCUAGCGGACACGGACAGCCUUCAUACAUCAAUCAGACUAAUGGAUGUAAUCUGAACAGUCAGAACAAUUCCCAGAGUUCUGUGAUGCAAGGUUACCCGGGAAGUUUUCCUUCACCGUCAACUUUCCAGGUGCCACCAGGCUAUCAACUUGUUCCGAUUGGAACAGUCCCUAAUCUUCCAGCGAGUCCGUAUUCUGGUAUAUCAACUAUAUACCCAGGUCAAGCCCCCGGACCAUGGUCUCCAUCCUUGAGCGCUCAACAACCUGGUGCCUAUGGGCGAUCACCUCAACCUUAUCCUCUUAACACUACUAAUUAUCCAUCAUCGAUUCAUCCGACUGGGUUCAACGGUGCAGCACAUAAUGGACUCUCAGAUAAUUCUCAUCAGUCAUCGAACAAUCAGGGGUUCAAUAAAACUCCUGGUCCAAUCGCACCACGUGGAACAGGACCAGGUGGCCGAAACUCAAACCCAGGGAUGCAAAGUCCACACCUUGGUAGACUACCAGUUGAAAACAAUCAUAGUUUCAUACCCACUGUAGGUCGAAAUGGACCUAACCAUGUAGGAGGCAGUAAAGCACCACAAACAACAGGUAUGACAGGUUAUCCACAACCUAUGAACAACUUACAUGAUAACAAUGUAGGGUAUGGGGGUGGGCCUACUACUAGUAAUAAUGGGUUUAAUGGAUUUCAUCUACCGAACCCACAUGGAUCAUCUUCUAUGGUUGGUGGAACUGGUGGAUUCCAUCAUGGUUUAUCACCUCAGUCCGGGUUCUCUUCUUCACCACAUACUUCUGUUGGUUUUACUGGAUCUUCUAGUCAUCUUGUGAAUGGUAAUACAAAUCAACAUCAAUAUCUACCUCCUCCUCCUCCACAUCCACAAGGAUUUGAUCAUCAAUCUAUGCAGUAUCCGGUUGUUGGACCUCCUCAAUCACAUGGUAAUAAUGGAAAUGGGAUCUUUAAUCCAGGAUCGAUUGGAGGACCAGUGAUUCGAAACAAUACACCGGUGAUCGGUUCAUCUUCGAUGAUCGGACAUCAUAAUCCUUCAAUGAUGUAUUCGAAUCCAAGUAAUUAUCAAACUAAUCAAAGUACUACAACAACAGCUUUACCACCUACAUCAGUCACACAAGUCACCUCAACUGGAUCACAUUCUAGAAGAUCUAUGGCUCAUUGA